UCAGUACAAAAACUGGGUGCAUUGGUAAUGUUAACAACAAGUUCAUACAGAAUCCAAACGGAUAUUCUUAUGGUGCUCUGAGAGUUGAAUUGUGAACACAAUUUCAGCAUUGGAAAGGACAUAUCAAGCCUCCAUAAGCUCACAGCAAAAUGUAAGACAGUAGUAUAACAAUGACUAGAAAAGGAAUGGCAAACAAAAAAAAAAAAAAAGGAAAUUUUGUGAAAAGUAGACUUGGAAUCAGGACUCGUUGUUACUAUUGACAAGAAUCUUUCAGUGAUUAAUCAUCUCAUGAAAUUCAAGACAAUAAUUUUACUGGAGAAAAACCUUACAAGUGUAGAUUCUAUGACAAGACUGUUAUACCACCAAUUAAGUAGUACAGCAUUCAGUAAAAAUGUGCACAGGAGAGAGACCGUACAAGUGUAGAUUCUGUGACAAGACUUUUACUCAAAAAGGCAAUUGCACUGUGCAUGAAAGAAUUCAUACUGGAGAGAAACCUUACAUGUGUACAUUAUGUGGCAAAACUUUUGCACGCAAAACUUCUUGCAUAGAGCAUGAAAGAAUUCACAUAGGAGAGAAACCUUUUAAGUGUAGAUUCUGUGACAAAACUUUCACUCAAAAAGGCCACUGCACUGAGCAUGAAAGAAUUCAUACAAGAGAAAAACCUUACAAGUGUAGAUUCUGUGACAAAACUUUUAAAGACAAAACUUCUUGCAUAGAGCAUGAAAGAAUUCACAUAGGAGAGAAACCUUUUAAUUGUAGAUUCUGUGACAAAAUUUUUACUCAAAAAGGCAAUUGCACUGUGCAUGAAAGAAUUCAUACAGGAGAUAAACCUUACAAGUGUAGAUUCUGUGACAAAACUUUUACAGACAAAACUUCUUGGAUAUAUCAUGAGAGAAUUCACACAGGAGAGAAACCUUUUAAGUGUAGAUUCUGUGACAAAACUUUUACUCGAAAAGGCCAUUGCAUUGUGCAUGAAAGAAUUCAUACCAGAGAAAAACCUUACAAGUGUAGAUUCUCAGAUGGCGCCAUAGUUCGCUCAGGUCGGUCACAUAUACUAAACUCUGUUCAGAUAAAAACGUGCAUUUGA